CGCGGGUUCCUCUGUCUUUGAGCCUACUCUGCGGCCGGUUGUAAUGCGACAUGAAACAGCUGGGAGAAGAAGUGUGGGGACUCAUUGAAAAAAUGUCUUGCAUGAAGCGAAUAAACAAGAUAAAUAAAGUAAGCUCAGGGUAUAAGUAUCGCGUCGCGUGUCGUGUCGCGUGUCGUCUCGGGUUGUCCCCGCGUCGUGGUCGGCGCAAACUCCGUGACUGGAAUCGAGUCUCUCCCGUCGACGUUCCCGAGAAAGUGAACGAGUUGUUGCAGGAGAGAACACACAAGGUCAAGUUCAAUGGGAAAUUGGAUGUUUUAACUUUUACUUGUAUUCCGUUCUUCAUGAAAUCGAUACAAAAAUAACAAACGUCGGCUGCUUACUAGUAGUAUGUUAAGUCACAGUAAUGACAAUGAGAAUAUGUCAAAUCGUGUUUAUAUCCACCCUUGCCGAUAUUUGUAUUCCUAACAUUUAAGACAUAUUGAACGUCGGUCGUCUGUUGGUAAACUAUAUUUCUUAUUCUCUUCUGAAUUGUU